AUGUAUUUGAUCCACAUUUUUCAAAGGAAUGGAUUGGGUGGAAGCGAUGCUGCGGAAGCCCAUGUUCAUGACGAAUUUAUUUUUGAACACAAAUUACGAGUUUAUCAGUUACAGGAAACUGAAAAGCAGGUAGUGGAAAGUAACGAUGAAGCACCAAAGGAUACGAAUACCGAAGGAGUAGAAGAAGAACAAAUGGAAACAGCUAACGGAACCGAAGCUGCGACAGUUAAGACGGAAGAAACGAGUGAAUAUGCAGAAAAUGAAGCAUACAAGAAGUUGCGUUCACAAAGUGUUGAGCAGAAAGUGGCCGAAGCAUUGGUGAAUCUGUACGAAACAAGGGAUAUGAAGGCGGAUGAAUUGGACGAGAGAGCGGUCGAGAUGUUACGUGGAUUUCCAAUUGAUCAGGAACUUUUUAUUGUUGAACAGAUUAAAAAGUCCGGCUUGGUUGGAGUGCAAAACAAGGCUCAAUUCUUGAUGUCGGUUAUGCGGAAUUUCCGAGACAAAGUGCGGCAACUUGGUCCACAGGCAGCGAUGCAGCAGCCAUUAAUCUAUGGACCUGAUGGUCCCAAGAUCAAAGAGAUACUCGAGCGAACUGGCUACCGUCUGGAAGUGACCAUCGGACAGCGUAAAUACGGCGGUCCACCACCCGACUGGGAUGGACCGGCCACUGGACCAGUUGGGGCAGGAUACGAGGUAAUUGAUUCACAGAUUUACGUCGGUAAGAUUCCGAAAGAAGUUUAUGAGGAUACUCUAAUUCCUCUCUUCGAAGAGAUUGGCAAAAUGUGGGAUCUUCGGCUUAUGAUGGAUCCCCUGUUGGGAAGAAAUCGUGGUUAUGCGUUUGUCACUUAUUGCGACAAAGAAGCAGCACUGGAAGCAGCUAAAAAAUAUGACGGCUACGAAAUUGUGCCUGGUAAAAAACUGAAAGUGAACGUCAGCGUUGCCAACACUCGACUCUUUAUUGGAAAUAUUCCCAAAUCGAAGUCCAAAGAGGAAAUUCUUGCCGAAUUUAAGGAACAUGCAGAGGGAGUGGUCGACUGCAUAGUCUACUCCAGUCCAGAUGGAGGUGAAAACCGUAAGAAUCGUGGUUUCUGUUUUUUGGAUUUCAACGACCACAAGACUGCGUCUGAUGUUAAACGAAAACUUCAUAAUGGAAAGAUUCGUCCGUGGAAUUCCGAGCUGGUUGUUGAUUGGGCUGAACAACAAGACGAACCUGAUGAAGAGACGAUGUCCAAGGUCAGAGUUCUUUAUGUGCGGAAUCUGAAAGAAGCCGUCACCGAGGAUCAACUCCGGGAAAUGUUCUCCGCACACGGCGAAUUGGAACGUGCGAAAAAGAUUCGAGAUUAUGCUUUUAUUCAUUUCAAGGAACGAGAAGCUGCUGUAAAGGCGAUGCAAGCGUUAAACGGAACAGUAUUGGAGGGUAUUGAAAUAGAUAUAUCGCUUGCAAAGCCUCAGUCUGAUAAAAAGAAGGCGAAUCGAGGUGGUCCGCGAGGUCAACGUGGCUUCGGUGAGUCGGCAGGAGGCGGUUGGGGUGGACGUACUGGUGGUAUGGUGUCACGUCGCGGUGGAGCGAUGGGCACUGGUUAUGGUGCGCGAAGUCCGUACGGCGGAAUGACUGAUUACGGCGGAUAUGGAGGAUAUGACCCUUACGGAGGUAAAUCGCAGCCUGAUUCAAUUGCUCAAAGCUAUGGUAUGGGUAAUUCAUGGAAACUUUGUCUUUUGGAAUACGCUGGUUACGAUGAGUACUAUGGCUAUGGGGCACCGAUGGGCGGCGGAUACGGAGGAUAUGCUGGUUACGAUUCAUAUGGUUACGGUGGUGGACCUGAUCCGUACGCAUACGGCGCUGGAUACAGUAUGGGUCGGAACACUGCUGCUGUUGGUGGUGGUGCUGGGGGAGGAAUGCGAGGAGGGAUGUGGCGUAUCGCUUUUCAGGGAUAUUCAUCAAGAGCAAGUCCAGGACGUGGCAAAGCAUCAUUGGCGCGUGGUGCUGGCGGGAUCGCACGAGGAUCGGCCGGUCGAAGUGCAAAGCGACGAGGGGACGGAGUUGGUGGACCGGCGUCGAAACGCGAAUUUGGAAACGACGACUUUUCGGCUGAUGUUAAUAUGGCUUCGUUCUAA